AUGACAGUUUCUACAGAGCGCAAGACUAUCUCUGUGGUUGGAGCUACCGGUCAACAGGGAGGCUCGGUUGCCCGUUCCCUUCUCAAAAACUCCGAGUUCCAUGUGCGAUGCCUCACCCGAGAUAAGUCAUCUAGCAAGGCAAGCGAGCUUAGGGUACUGGGUGCAGACGUGGUGCAAACUGAUGGCCUUGACGAAAAUUCCAUUCUCAACGCCAUCGCUGGUAGCUGGGGCAUCUUCAUUAACAAUACCUAUUCAAACUCGGACGCUGUGAGAAAUGGUCGGUAUGAUCUGGACUUUGGGAACCUCAUUCUAAGGAGCGCCGCUGCCGCUGCUAUCCCACACGUUGUUUUCAGCUCUCAGCCAUCCGCAGAGGCUCUCACUAAUGGCCAAAUCCGCACCCCAAUUUUGGACAUCAAGGCAUGGGGCGAGGCCUGGGGCCGAGAAAAUCCAGCUUUCAUCACCUUUACCCCGAUCAUGUCCUCGUGGUAUAUGGAGGACUUUCUCAUGCCAUCCUUCUACCAGGGAUUUGGCGGGUUCCCGUUUAACAAAGACUCCGAGGGACAACUUACGUUACGGAGUCCGCUGAUCGGCGGUGGUGAGAACGUACCCUGGAUCUGUAUUGAGGAAGAUUUCGGUGACUUGGUCCAUGGUAUCUUCUUGAACCCGCUUCGUUGGAACCGGCGCACCGUCCAAGCUGUCGGUGAUAUCCAGUCCUUUGCGGAUGUGGUGGACACCUUUGUCCGAGUCAGAAACCAGCCGGCACGGUUCAUUGGAUAUAAUGACCCGUCAACAUUCCCAGCCUUUGACAAGCCAGAGUUGAAGGAGUCCAAAGAUGUGUUCGAGUUUUAUCAAAUGCGGGCCGGUGAAAUAUUUGGGUGUGGCAUCACCGAAUCUCAGACUGCGGCUGAACUGAAGAAAACGGCCCAGAAGGCUAAACAAGGGGCUGGAGGCCGAGAAUCUCUUAUGACAUGUGCGGAAUGGUUUGCAGACGUCUUUCCACAGCACACGUAG